AUGGCUGCUACGCUCAUGGACCAGGUUGAAGAAGGAUUUCUACAAAUCUUCAUCGAGUCCAGCCAGCUGAAAGUACUCUGUGAGCCCAUUCUGCAGAGUAAUCUUCUCUGUGGUGUCACCUCAAUCCGGAAGUCCAUCGGAGCGUUGAACAAUGCCCACUUUGCCAAGAAUCCCCAGCUGCAGGUCCACGUGUCCCCUGAGCACGUGGUAGUGACUCGGGGCCGAAGAAGCUCUGAGUACAAGUGGAAGGAGACGCUGUUCGUGGUGAUGCCUGGCCUCACGAUGACCAUGGACAAGGCGGGGCUCCUGCUGCUCAGCAGCCCAGACAAAGUGACCAUCGGCCUGCUGUCCUGGGACGGCCCUGGGCAGGGGCUUCGGCUGCUUCUGCGGGACACUGACCGCUUCUCCAGCCACGUCGACGGGAUCCUUGGCCGCUUUUACCGGGGCGUGCUCUGGGGACCCCCAGAUGCCACAGAUGACAGCAAGCGAACACUGAGGGCUCAUGGGUUUGACUUCAAUGCCACCAGAAAGCUCAAGCUGGAUUACCAAGAGGGGACCCCGGGAACAGUGAUUUCCUGCUGGUCUGUUGAGCUAUACACCUGAUGGCAGGAGUUAUACCCACCCACCAACCCCAAUGCCACCCCACUGUGUGCAGAUGGCUAUCCU